ACACAGACUAACAGCUCUGCUGGAAUCAGGACUAUCUACCGACUGCCAACCAACCAUGGGCCAGGAUUAUUACUCUAUACUCCACAUCACUCGUAAUUCAGAGGAUGCCCAGAUCAAGAAGGCGUACCGGAAACUUGCCCUUAAGAACCACCCGUUGAAGUCCAUUGAGCCAUCCUCAGUAGAGAUAUUCAAGCAAAUAGCAGAGGCAUACGACGUGCUGAGCGACCCUGUGAAGAGAGGCAUCUAUGACAAGUUUGGAGAGGAGGGUCUGAAGGGCGGGAUUCCUCUGGAGUUUGGAUCCCAGACCCCAUGGACAACUGGUUAUGUCUUCCACGGCAACCCUGAAAAGGUUUUCCAUGAGUUCUUCGGAGGAGACAACCCCUUCGAUGAGUUUUUUGAUGAAAAGGGAAAUGAGGUGGAUUUGAACUUUGGAGGACUUCGGGGCCGAGGGGUCAGGAAACAGGAUCCCCCAAUCGAACGAGACCUCUACCUGUCCCUGGAGGACUUAUAUUUCGGCUGCACCAAGAAAAUCAAGAUCUCCCGCAGGGUGAUGAACGAGGAUGGGUACUCCUCUACCAUUAAGGACAAGAUCCUCACAAUUGAUGUGAAGCCUGGUUGGAGGCAGGGCACACGGAUCACCUUUGAGAAGGAAGGGGACCAGGGCCCUAACAUUAUCCCAGCCGACAUCAUCUUCAUCGUAAAGGAGAAGCUACACCCUCACUUCCGCAGGGAGAACGACAACCUCUUUUAUGUGAAGCCCAUCCCCUUGGGCAAGGCUCUGACCUGCUGCACCGUGGAGGUGAAGACCCUAGAUGACCGGCUUCUCAACAUCCCCAUCAAUGACAUCGUCCAUCCCAAGUAUUUCAAGAAGGUGCCAGGUGAGGGGAUGCCGUUGCCUGAGGACCCCACCAAGAAGGGGGACCUCUUCAUCUUCUUUGACAUCCAGUUCCCCACUCACCUCACACCCCAGAAGAAGCAGAUGCUGCGCCAGGCUCUGCUGACAUAAGUGGUGGGCUCGGGGCUGGGGUUGGGGGAGGAGAAGGCUAGCUGGGCCUUACUGCACUCCUGCCUCGGGUGUUCAGGGGAACCAGCUCGCUGCACAGACGUGACAUGUGGACGGCACAGGACUUUUAAACCGACACAAUAAAGAUUUAUUUCCUAUCCUCCAGCUACACCCAGGAGAGUGUGUGUUGGAAGAGGAGCUUCAUAUAGCCCUUCUUGUGGAGCAGAGGGAAACCAAGGACUUGGGUCCCUGUCCUGGCUUUGUGGGCAUGGCUAGGUCCCUAAGGGUUCAGAGACUCUGUACCUCGCACCUGGAUAGUGUGGGCAGCACUGUGUAGACUGAGGGUCCCCAGCUCUGCUGAUUCUCAUGACACACGAUCUCUAGAAAGGGGCAGUCUCUACAGUAUGAUAUGGUCACAUUGUACUCAGGAAAACUGAAAUACAAAACACUUGUCUCAGGUCACACAGGGCCCAGUGGCUAAGCUAUCAUCAGAACCAUAGACCCACCCUGCUUAGAAAGGCAGCACAAAGGACACAAGUGCUGGAAAUGGCUUUGGUUUCUGCCUAGCCAGCUUCAGCUCCCUUGUCUGUGUGGUGGGUAUUGGGCUGUCCCUAAGUAGUGUGGUCUGGGAAGCAGACCCAAGUUCUGCUCCCAGCCUUGCCACUGAGCCCUUGGAUGUUACUGCCUGUCUUGUUGGUAAAACAGAGUUCAUAACCCCCCUCGUGCUGCUUGUGAGGACUGAGUCAUUGGUGUGAAAGUGCUUGGUGAACUGGCUUAGAUUUCAAGGUUACGGCAUCGCUACUGAUGUGACCUGCUGGAGUCCCAGCAUCCAGGCCCAGCUGAGCCUGUACAGAAUGCACCUGCCUCCCCAGUCUACUUUCCAUCAGUCAACAUCAUGGUGUACACCUCUUCUGUGCCAAGAGAGACUCCUGAGUCUGGAUUUGGGAUAGGAUAGGUCCAAUCUUAUGACAGAAUAGGUAGCUACUUUUGUUAAGACUUCAGAGGUGCCAGAAAGUCUCCAUGUUACCCACGUGCUUAGAUUCCACCAUUUAAACUACCAUAAUAGCCUAAGGAAUUUUUCAUCAAUGGGAGCUCAGUCAUACUAGUCAGGCAUUUGUAAUCCAACAGAGAAUGCAGUACUAUCAGCAGUAACAGCAGCCUGAGAUGUAGUAUCUGGACUAGGGGCCUAGGGAGCACCUCUGUAGUCAUUAAGGAGGGGGGCCUUGGAGUGUGCUACUUACCAGCUGUGUGCCCUCAGGCAAAUCCCUUCACCUGAUUUGUAGAGUACAACCCCUAUCUUGCAGGCCUUGUGCAAAAUGGGUGAGUAAAGCUGUGUCCUCUGAGACUGGACCUAGGUGGCGAUGGGUGGUGGUAGCUACCGUUUUGAGCAGCAACUGGGUGAGGGAGUAUGGGGCCUGCGUUGUGAAACUCAGCACUCUAGGUUCCCCCUGGGCCAGCAGGAAGCCUGCCCCUCUUUCUCAUGGUGAGAAUCUUAAGACUUUUAUGAAAUUUCUAUUACCGCAGUGAUCUUCAGGGCUACCUUGUCAGGCAAAGCAGGGCUUAUCAUAUGCCCACUUUAUAGUCAUUAAGGACAGAACAGUUACUAAGGCUAGUUAGGGUGUCCAGAGAUCCCUAGCACCUUUCCCAGCUCGCUGUUCCAGGAUCGUGCCCAGAACUAGGAAAUCUGGUGGACUCAUGUUCAUCCCAGUGUUUGGGACACAGGAUGGCAAAUGAAUCGGCUACCAUGCCUAGAGCAACAAAUUGCCCCUGUUUCCUCUGGUGCAAAAUAAUAAAUAGCCUGCCUCACAGGAUUAAUGUGGAAUUAAGGCACAUAUGGCACAGUAACUGGGUCUUCCAUUUACAUCGACUCCCUGCAGCCCAGCAGAGAACAGCCUGGAAGAGCUGCCUGCCACUUUCACUCUGGCUUGACUCAUGGUGGAGGCUAUAUGUCAGCUCAACUUGUCAGAAACUGGGCCCUCUUUGUUUCUCCAAGAACACGUCUAAUAUUCUGGACCCCUUGCCCAGGCACUGAAGGGCCUAGUCUCCAGCUCUGACCAAUGGGGAAGGAGCAGUGGCAUCGGCUGCUUUAGGAUGUAAGAGAGGGAGGUUAUGUUCUCAGCCCCACUGCCCAACAGGAUUCCCAAAGGACCCCAACACUAGUCCCUGGGAGAAGUACAUGGUAGAGUCGGGGAGAGGGAGGUCCAGUCCCUGAUCAGAUGCUGACAUCCUGUGUCCUUGCUUGUAUGACCUGUCUCAGCCCCCAGCUUCUUUAGACAUCUAUAAAAUGGGCCUGGAUUAAUUCUAAGGGCCUAGCCCUGAACAAGGUAUCUCAGGAUUCUGGGACCUCAGAGUCCCCAACCUCUUGAAACAGAAGUUGGGGACCUGCCUUCCUGUCUGAGGAUAGGUGGUAGGAAAAGGGUCAGCGAGGCUGACACACCUGUACAGCCUAAAUCUUGGCUUGUCACCACCUCCCUGGGAUCACUAGCCCUGGGAGAGGGCGAGACUAUACCUGUAAAGUACCCUUAGGCCAAGGUCAGAUGUUUGCCCUGCAGCUUACCCUCCCAGGGGAGCAACAUUACCUAAGGCUGGGACUCUGGAGAAUGGAAGGCAGCCAGAUUUGCCCUCAGUAGGUCUCGAACUUUGGGGAGAGGUAGGUUUCUCAUUUGUAAAAUAAAAUAAGCCCACAGCAUCUAAGAUUCCCAAGUUCCUCUCAAUCUUCCAAGAAGCAUAGGUGAUGCAGGGCCGACAGGAACACUCUCAUUUUGCAGAUAAACUGGCCUGGGGCCGGCUCGGGGGUUGGAAAGGCAGGUGGAGUACCAGGCACUGUGUGAGUAAAAGCCCAAGUGGCCUGGUGAGAACAAAGCCAUUGUUGUGACUCUGGGAUGUUCCUUUACUUGUCACCUUAGCCUUGGGCCUGGUUUGGAAAGAGAAAUGGACUAGAUGACCUCCAUGGGUCCCAGAGUG